AUGCGGGGCUGCGGCGGGCGCCGCGCCCUGCUGGCUCUGCUGGCCCUGCUCCUGCCCGCCGCCGCCGCCGCCGGCCCCGGGCCCGCCGCCGGCCCCGCCACCGGCCCCGGGCCCGCCGCGGCGGGGGAGAGCCCCGGCAAUUUCAUGGAGGACGAGCAAUGGCUCUCCUCCAUCUCCCAGUACGGCGGCAGGAUCAAGCACUGGAACCGCUUCCGAGACGAGGUGGAGGAUGACUACAUCAAGAGCUGGGAGGACAACCAGCCCGGGGAUGAAGCCCUGGACACCACCAAGGACCCCUGCCAGAAGGUGAAGUGCAGCCGGCACAAGGUGUGCGUGGCACAGGGCUACCAGCGCGCCAUGUGCAUCAGCCGCAAGAAGCUGGAGCACAGGAUCAAACCGCCGGGCGCCAAGGGCCACGGGGGCUGCAAGCCCUGCCACGCCGCCCCGCUCGCCGCCGUCUGCGGCUCCGACGGCCACACCUACAGCUCGGCGUGCAAGCUGGAGCAGCAGGCGUGCCUGGCCAGCAAGCAGCUGACGGUGCGCUGCGAGGGACAGUGCCCCUGCCCGACCCCUCACGGCCCCGCCGGCGACGGCAAGCAAGAGCCGUGCACCGGGCAGGACCUGGCCGACCUGGGCGACCGCCUGCGCGACUGGUUCCAGCUCCUGCGGGAGAACGCCAAGCAGAACGGCUCCGGCGGCCUCCCCACCAGCCCCGCCACCGCGCUGGAGAGGAGCGUGGCGGCCAGCUGCAAGGAGGCGGUGGGGUGGAUGUUCGCCCGGCUGGACACGAGCGGGGAUCUCUUCCUGGAGGCGGCCGAGCUGGCCGCCAUCAACCUGGACAAGUACGAGGUGUGCAUCCGCGCCUUCUUCAACUCCUGCGACACCUCCAAGGACGGCCGCGUCUCCGCUCCCGAGUGGUGCUUCUGCUUCUGGAGGGAAAAGCCGCCCUGUCUCAGGGAGCUGGAGAAGAUUCAGAUCCAAGAAGCAGCCAAAAAAAAGCCGGGCACCUUCAUCCCCAGCUGCGACGAGGACGGAUACUACCGGCGGGCGCAGUGUGAGCCGGGCGGCGGGGAGUGCUGGUGCGUGGACCAGCACGGCACCGAGCUGACGGGCACCCGCGGCCACGGCAGCCCCGACUGCGAGGAGGCGGCGGGGUUUUCGGGCGACUUCGGGAGCAGCGUGGGCUGGGAGGAUGAGGAGGAGAAGGAGCCGGAGGAGGCGGGCGAGGAAGGCGAGGAAGAGGAGGGCGAAGCGGGCGAGAGCGACGACGGCGGCUACAUCUGGUAGAGGAGCAGGAGAGCCCGGCAGGCGGCACGGCCGGGCGGCAGCCUCCCAGCCAGGGGUCCCCGUGACCCCCUCCCCGCUGCCGGUGUGGCAUGGGGUGGGUGCAUCCACCCCCCCCGGGCCCCA